AUGAUUCAGACCACAACCCUGUGGAAGUCUGGCACCUGCCUGUCCCUGUCAGUGAGGCUCUUGCUGUGUUUGGCUCAGGUGAAUAAUGGUUCAUGGCCAUGCAGCCGUGAGCGACUGGUAUUUUCAAGCCAAAGCUUCCAUUCGGGGAUAGCAGCAGAAGGAACGCAGCUCCUUUACAGGGGUACUGACCCUGUCAUGCUACAACACCCAUGUGGAAAUAAUUUUGCUGGUGGCGUUUCGCCAGCCAUUUACCUCGGGGAAAAGGUUUUUCUCAGUUUUGAUGGAUUUGAGAGCAGCCUUCUGCCCUUGACCAUUCCAGCGACUCUAGCUACAGCACCUGCCACGGUCAGUACUGCAGUGUUUGUGCAGGAAAAUAAGGUUGUAUUGGCAAUAAACGGAAAAGUCUUCAUUUAUUUUUAUGAGCCAUUUCACUCAUGGAGACAAUCGGAAGGAAUCAGUAGUCCAGUUACGGAGGUCACAAACACGAUAUGCUGCUACUCUGAAAAAGAUCCUAAAUGCGAUGACAUCAGUAGUUUUGUUUUGGCAUAUGAUACAGGCGAUUUGAUCCCUAACAGCCAUAUUUUCUACUCACAAGAUGGAGGCUACAAAUUUCAGACUUUACCCACGAGCCCAUUCCUGGAAGGAACGCUGGUUAGUGUCUACAAUUUCAUUUCCUUAUCACGACUUGGAAUACUUGUCAGUAAGACUGAAGCUAACAUGACAACUGCUCAUUUCAUAUACAAUCUCAAUUAUAAUAUAUACAGUCACCAAGGAACACCCUUUGACACAAAUGAGAAUGGAGAACAUAUAAUUACAGUUCCCCCUGGUCUGAGAGGAUUUAUCAUUCUUUGGAGCAAGGAUAUCUUUUUAUUGUCCUCCAACAAUGGACUGACGACAGAAAACAUUACCAUUUUCACUACAGAUGGCUAUGCAAACAUAUCACUACCUUUGUAUGACCAAGGUGUUUGUAAUGUGGCUGCUACCAGCAGUGAGAUUGCAGCCCUCACCAAGAAUAAGAAGCUUUUCUACGGAAGCCUGGAUAUAGUCUUUUCAAAAAUGGUGCUCAUUGGUGACAGAAACAGUAGUAAGAUUUCCACACAUUGUGAGGUGUUGAUGUUUGAUAAAACUGGAAUGCUUACCAUCUUAAACCCUGUCCCCAGCAAUGCAUCUAGAUUUUACAAUUUUCACAAAUGCAUCAUCAACUUGCAGAACAGACUCAUGGAUGUGCACCCACACCUGCCACCCUGUCCUGUAGAGAUUUUAAGUGGUGAUUUCCAUAAUAAGAUGUACUAUAUAGACAUGAAACAGCAGCUUCAUUUUAAUGUCAGUUUUGUGCCCAAGCCAGGCACUGGGGCUUUUCCAUAUGUGACUGUAAGCAAUCCUCAUGCAUUGGGAUUUAGGGCACGGGUUACACCGGAUGGCUUUACCUAUGACGGGAACAUUAAAUUUAACUUACAGAUUAUAUUGCUACAACAACAUAAUUCAGGCAUGGCGAAGACUGAGUUUCAUGAUCAAGUCACCACAGCUGGAAUGUCUACCCUCACUGUGGAUAUCUAUAACAAGGGCAUAUUUUGCAUUGACAUGCAUCCAUUGACAGCCCUUAUUGCAAUGGACUGUCCACCUACUAAACAUAUAAGACCUUUUAAAAACGUAACAGUGUGCAACAAAGGACUCUUUAAUCAAACAAACCUGCAGAAUAGUUUCAGUUACAUAAUUAAGCAAGAUGCAUAUGAUCCAAGAUUCCUUGGGAGACAACAUCUAGAUCAGGAGGACCUUAAUGUUACUUAUUCUUAUGAACUUCUUGGAUGUCCAAUCCUCUUGUAUUAUGACAGCCCAUGGCUUCCAACUCUUGAACUAUGGGAAAAUGAUAAAUUUGUGGAAUAUGUUUCUGCAGACUUUGUAUUGUUUGAAACAAAUGGAAUGCAUAAUUAUGAUUAUCUCCUGACUGCAUCAGAAGCUAAAUGUAUCUCACAGCCCCAAAACUGGAGCACUAUGUUUCAAUGGCAGCUUCAUCCAAACCCACAUACUGCAUGGUCCAGAACAAAUUAUGAGAGCUGCAAGGUGCCCAAUCAAGUGCGACCAUUAGACUCACCAUCUAUUAAGUAUCAAAUUCUAAACCUCAAUGAAGAUAAUAGGGUAGUAUUUUCACAGUACAAUGGCAUAUAUAUCUUCAAAGUUAUUGUUGUAGAUACAAUAUAUAGCUACUGUGAACUAUCAACUCUUCUCAGCGUCUAUGUGCAUGGUGCCUUCCCAAAAUCUCAGAUAAAUGUUGCAGGUAUGCUGAUUGGUGUUUUGAUUCUCAUAUUAGGUUCAAUUUUGAUGGGAUAUUACUUUCCUAAAUUACUACAUUUGGAUGAAAAUGGAAAAAUUAAAUCCCUUUAG